CCCGCUCUCGGGGAGGUCCUCGUAGUCGUCCAUUUCCGGCCGCCGCGGAGCUCCACCGGUGGAGACGCAGAGCCAUCCGGUUGUUACGGGACAAAGGGUGACGCGCUGAGCCGUAGUCAUGGCGUCGCCUGAGCUCAGCCUGGCCGCCCGCAGCCCCGCGGCUCCGCCCGAGACGCAGGAAGGAGCGGGCGACUGUGCGGACCCGCAGCCGCACUCCGUGAGCUCCUCGGCCCCGGAGCUCCCCCGUGCCCCCGCAGCUCUGGACGCCGGCCCGCAGGCUGAUGCCGGCCCGCGGCCCGGCCCUUCCCGGCCCGGCCCCGAGACCUUUCGCCAGCGCUUCCGGCAGUUCCGUUACCAGGACGCGGCGGGUCCCCGAGAAGCCUUCCGGCAGCUGCGGGAGCUGUCCCGCCAGUGGCUGCGGCCCGACAUCCGCACUAAGGAGCAGAUCGUGGAGAUGUUGGUUCAGGAGCAGCUGCAGGCCAUCCUGCCCGAGGCGGCCCGGGCUCGGCGGCUGCGGCGCCGCGCGGACGUGCGCAUCACUGGCUGAGCGGCGGAGCCCGGGGCUCCCUGGACUGAUACCCAACCCCGAGUUAAUGAAAAGUUGAAUUUGGACAGCUCCUGUGUCUGGUGUGUCUUUCGUUCCUCCUCUGUUUGUCCGGCUUAUUUUCCGUACUUGUUUCCCACCUUUCCUGGGAUUCUGGGAGCCUGUUAGAGAGUAAGGGCUUUCAUUUGCUGUUCCCGGA